AUGGAACAGAUCACAAAGUACUUAAUCAUCAUCACGUCCCUCAUGACCGUAAAGCUAACAAUAACAGAGAGCAAAAACGAGACCAAACCGAAAAUCGAUCGCAGGUACUACGUGCCGCUUUUCAUCAACGUUUGCGAUAUCGAAGACCGGAGAUCGAAAGUGCAUUGCUACUGCGACAGUAAUAAACCAAAGAUGGCGACUAAGGCCGACUGUUGGGUGUUCGCUGGAGGAAUAACAGAAGACGACCCCAUAUGGCCUAGCUUUUCGUCACAAUCUGAAAUAGAACAUCUGAUGUUCAACGUAAGAUCCGACGACGCCCUCACAUUCAUUCCCGCCAAAGCUAUCGUGAGACUCGACAAAUUGAAACACGUGUCGAUACAAUUCGGAUCCAUAGAUGUCAUCCCGCCCUACGCAUUCACAAACUCAUCCACAAUCAAGCAAAUUGUUUUGAAAUCAAACAAAAUUACUACCUUAGAGAAACACUCAUUCGCUCAAAUGAUGAUGCUGACGAAUCUAAGUCUAGAAGAUAACCUAAUAGCUGAACUCAGAAGGGAUGUAUUCUUCAACUUACCGAACCUACACGUCUUGCACUUAUCUAAUAACAACUUGAGUUUGAUCCACGAAGGUUGUUUCAAGCACUUGAAUAAUUUAAUAGAGUUGAGAUUGGAUUACAAUUACAUAUCAGUGAUGACGAAGGAAACUUUGGAAGGCUUGGAGAAUCUGUCGAGGUUGAACUUGAGAAAUAAUAAAUUGACAAUGAUUGGCAAUUUGGCGUUCAGUGAGUCUUGGGGGUUGAAGGAGUUGAUGCUUGACAACAACGCUAUUGAGUACAUUUCGGACCGAGCGUUCGGCGGGCUCACUCAGCUGAGAAAGCUGACGCUGUCUGGUAAUAGAUUGACGACUUUCUACGAGGAUUUGCUCGAAGACAUAAACAGUCUUGUUGUCCUGGAUUUACGGGAUAACAUUCUGGAGACUGUCUCGUACGAGUCAGUGCGACCGGUCGUGGAAAACGAAAAGUCCGCGUCUGUAGCAGUUUAUUUGGAUGGUAACCCACUCAACUGUAAUUGCCGUCUAUCCUGGAUAUACGCGCUCCGCAACGAGACGAAGGACGGGACUCUGAAGCACGCUCUCGAAAAAAUAUCAUGUAUCGAAGACCCUAUCGAUAGGCACACUAACGCACAGGAGACCGAAGACGUGGACAACACUAAUGUCCUCUCCGACGAUAGCUACGAUUAUUACGACAAAAAUGAGGAGUAUGAUGUAAAACCAAAAACAACUGCAAAAAAGUUAAUCGACAUACCGCUAGAAACUUUGCCGUGCCCGAAAGAAAUUAUGCAAUCGAUAGAAGAGUCGUACGGACACCCCGUGCAAAACGAAAUUAGGUUGAAAGCUUUCUCGGCAGUUGGCAGGAUAGUACCUAAUUCGAUCCUGACUGCGAUACUAGCGCAACUGCUGUUUUAAACAUAAGUGGAUAUGAAACAAAGAUAUUUGUGAUAUUAGAUGUUAAUGUUAAA